AUGAAUAGAGCAAUGGAAAACCAAACAGCUGCAGUGAAGUUUCAUUUAUUGGGCUUUACCAAAGAUGCAACACUCCAGAUUUUCCUAUUUUUUAUUUUCUUACUAAUAUACACAAUAACUCUGUCAGGAAAUGUGCUCAUUAUGUUGGUGAUAAAGGUUGAUCCACAGCUGCACACACCUAUGUAUUUCUUCCUUACCAACUUAUCUUUAAUUGACAUUUGCUUUUCCUCUGUGACAGUUCCCAAGAUGCUUGAGAAUCUUCUGGCUACAGAAAAGACAAUUUCUCUCAAUAGCUGCAUUGCACAAAUAUUUUUCUUUAUUUUCAUGGUUGGGACAGAGAUCUUCUUACUCUCAGCAAUGGCAUAUGAUCGCUAUGCUGCUAUAUGUCACCCACUAAGAUACAGCACCAUUAUCAGCCGCCAAGCUUGCUCCCAAAUGGUGCUAGGUGCAUGGAUAUCAGGCUUUGUCAACUCCCUUGUAAAUACUGUCUUUCUAACUCACUUACAUUUCUGUACUCCUGGCAGCAUCAAUCAUUUCAGCUGUGAGUUACCUUUGCUACUGCAGCUAUCUUGUACAAGUACUUUUGCCAAUGAAAUGGUGAUUCUCACUUUCAGCAUGGCGCUAGGGUUUGCCUCCCUCCUUCUGAUUGUAGCUUCUUACAUUCGUAUUAUUAGCACAAUUCUCAAGAUACAAUCUGCUGAUGGAAGGCAGAAGGCAUUCUCGACUUUUACUUCCCAUCUCAUGGUUGUGCUUUUGUUUUGUGGGACUGCAUUCAUUCGGUACAUGCAACCAGCAUCAAGUUAUUCAGAAACAGUAGAUAAGCUUGUGUCAGUUCAGUACAGCAUUCUAACCCCAAUGUUAAAUGCCAUUAUAUAUAGCCUGAAAAACAAAGAAGUGAAGAAAGCUAUAAAGAAGCUAGUUAAAAAAAGGAUUUUGACAUUGUUUUAA